AUGCUCCAUGAUGGCCAGUUACGGCACAGCUCAUUAGAGGUUUAUGUGGUCUUCAGGCGAGGAGAAGACGAGUCCCGAAGAAGGACAGCAUCCGGUGCGGCAUCUCCCGAGACAGCAUCUGGUGCAGCAUCUCCCGAGACAGCAUCUGGUGCAGCAUCUCCCGAGACAGCAUCUCCCGAGACAGCAUCUCCCGAGACAGUAUCUCCCGAGACAGCAUCUCCCGAGACAGUAUCUCCCGAGACAGCAUCUCCCGAGACAGUAUCUCCCGAGACAGCAUCUAGUGCAGCAUCUCCCGAGACAGCAUCUGGUGCAGCAUCUCCCGAGACAGUAUCUCCCGAGACAGCAUCUAGUGCAGCAUCUCCCGAGACAGCAUCUGGUGCAGCAUCUCCCGAGACAGCAUCCUGUGCGGCAUCUCCCGAGACAGCAUCUCCCGAGACAGUAUCUCCCGAGACAGCAUCUAGUGCAGCAUCUCCCGAGACAGCAUCUGGUGCAGCAUCUCCCGAGACAGCAUCUAGUGCAGCAUCUCCCGAGACAGCAUCUCCCGAGACAGCAUCUCCCGAGACAGCAUCCGGUGCAGCAUCUCAACAACUCUCAAGGAUCCACCACAAAGAAAAUAAGUGGGCGUUUUUUUCUAAGUUCAUUUAUGGAUUUUAUAAUAGAAAUAAACAUGACAUAUUUGCAUAA